AUGGACUCGGAAAAGGAGAUUGCCCAGCAAGCUGAGCAGGUUCGUGUCAAAUCGUCCAAAGAUGGCGACCUCUCGGACGCCAGCAUGCCUGACUCGGAACUCGAGUGGACCGAGGAGGAAGAGAGGGCACUCCGGCGCCGAAUCGACUGGCACACGGUGCCGCUGGUGACGGUGUUGUACAUGUUGUGCUUCCUCGACCGCAUCAACAUCGGCAAUGCGAGCAUCCAGGGCCUGUCCAAGGACCUCGAGCUGGGCGUGGGCGUGCGCUUCAACUGGGCGCUCUCCAUCUUCUAUAUCGUCUACCUGAUCGUCGAGGUGCCCAGCAACAUCAUCCUCAAGCACGUUGGACCUCGCUACUACCUACCCUUCCUCGUUUGCGGCUUCGGACUGGUCUCGUUAUGCACCGCGUUUGUCCACGACUUCGCGGGCCUCAUGGUCGUCCGAGUAUUCUUGGGCGUCUUUGAAGGCGGCGCGUUCCCCGGGCUGGCCUUUUUCCUCAGUUGCUUCUACAAGCGCAACGAGCUGCUCUUCCGCGUGGGCAUUUACGUGUCUGCGGCCUCCAUUGCCGGAGCGUUUGGCGGCCUGUUGGCCACGGGCCUGUCGAAAAUCCCCGAAUGGGGGGUGGCGUCGAUGCGCAUCGCGCGCUGGCGCAACAUUUUCUUCUUCGAAGGCAUCAUUACCAUCCUCGUUGGCCUCGCCGCGCCUAUCUGGAUGCCCACGACGCCAAGUGAGGCGCGUUUCUUGACACCGCGGCAGCGUCGCAUUGCGGCCGAACGGCUCAUCCGCGAGAACAAGGCGGACCCGGCAGCCAGGGUGACGUGGGCGGAUAUGAAACAAGCCGUCUUCUGCAUCCACAACUACACGUGCGCCUUGGGCUUCUUCCUUAUCAAUAUCACCGUCCAGGGGUUGUCGGUGUUCAUGCCCACCAUCUUGACCGACCUCGGGUGGACCGACACCAAAGCCCAGCUUUACUCGGUCCCCCCAUACGUUGCUGCGUGCUUGGUCGCUAUUGCCGUUGCCUAUGGCAGUGAUAAGACCCACCAGCGCGGGAUCUGGCUCGCCGCUUUUUCGUGCCUGGCAGUCAUCGGGUUUGCCAUCCUCCGCUGGGUCGAGGACCCAAACCUCCGCUACAUGGCCAUCUACUUUGUGACCGUCGGAGCAUUCCCUGGUGGCCCAGGAUUUCUCGCAUGGAGUUUGAAUAAUGCCGGGAGCCCAACGGUUCGUGCUGUGAGCUCGGGUUAUGUGGUGACACUCGGAACCAUCGGUGGAAUCGUGGCAACAUGGACGUACACGAAAGCCGAUGGGCCAAAAUACCAUACCGGGCACACGAUCAACCUGUGCGGCCAGAUCGCCGCCGUCCUCCUCUCCAUCUUCGGCAUCCUCUACUGCAUGUACGAGAAUAAGGCGAGGGCCGCCGGCAAGCGGGAUCACCGCCUUGAAGGCUUGACUGAGCACGAGAAAGAUAACCUAGGAAGAAAACACCCAAACUUUCGGUAUUGGACUUGA